AUGGCUCAUCUUGGUAUCUUCAAGUGCGAGCCGAACCUCAAUCAGCAAGCUGGCAAGCUUCUGAGGUUCGACUGGCUCAACGGAUCCCCGCCUUGGACAGAACCGGAGGCGGAGUACUUCAGCAAGCAGAUCUAUGAAGGAAUCAGAGCUCGGUUGACGGAAAGGGGUCUGAUGGAUAAGUGCACUGGGCAUGCGGUAAACGAGGAGAACCCCAAAGAUCAAUUCCAUAUCUUCUUCAGGUUUCACGACAAGGCUUCUGCGAAGUCAGUAGCGCGUGCGUUGGACGGAAAACCUCAUUACAUCGACCUUAAAUAUGAAGAUGGGAAAUCUGUGAACUUUCGGACUGUCGAUGUUGCGGAUGGCACGGGGAAGAUCGUCGAGUCGUACGCGAACCUUCGACUCUACAUCAACAUGAGUGGGGUGAGGUGGAUGGACCCGGCUCUGGACGCGAGUAUGCCACAAAUUGACAAAGGCAGCCGGCCAGUAUCGAAGGAUACGACAGACUCAGGUACAGCACCAGGGACAGCAUCUGGUCCAAAUCCAUUACAACCUACAGACGCGACAGACGGCAAUGCGAACGGAUCAGAAGCCGUACCCAGUUCGCAAUCCAAAGCCUCAAAUAACACCCCAGACGCAGAUGGACAAGACACGCAAAUGGAGGAUGCCGUAGCUGCUCCUGUUACUAACUCUGGCGCACAGGAUGGCGUUUUAGGGAAGACAGCGAACACGGACGUUAAGGAGAACGGAAAGAAAGGAAGCUUGCCGGACAUCAUGGUUCCACCAGUAACACCGGUUGGCGCAGAUUUCGCAAACAUGCGCCUCGACACCGCGCGGUCGCAACUUUCGACGGCCAACUCCAAUGGCGAUACACCUCAAACUGCAUCCGGUCCAAAGCCAAAGAAGCCAAAGAAGCCUGAUACAGCCACUUUCCAUCUGGCUGGAAAAGGCCAACCAACAAAAUGGUUGCAGUUCGACUGGAGAAGAGAGAUUCUUGACAUGAAUAACUUUCCCGUUCGGCAAGUCAACGCCGCCAAAGGGGACAUCGAGAUAGAAAUCCAUCAUCGCAUUCUCCAGGCACUCCGACGUAACCAAAUCGAUAAAUUCGAGGAGGAAGCGAGUUAUGCUUUGCAGGAUGGAUACCCGCUCAUUUACCUGCAGUUUGAGAGUGAUGACAUUGCGCAUGGAGCGGCCAAAGACUUCGACAGUAUGGAAAUCCCAUUAUUCUCGACACCUGGAAACGAUAAACACGUUUAUCUGAACUUCGAGUUUGCUGUGCCUGAUCCGAUGUCUGUGGCUGUCCUCGCAGGCCGAGUUGGCUCCCCGAAAAUAUUGGAUAAGCUUUCUAAGGAGGAGCUGGAAUGGUUGAGCACUACCGAGAACGCAUGGUGGGAGAUGGAUUUGAAGUCGAGGAAGACGAUCAAACAGGCUGCAUACUUACUACCGAGGGAGAAUUUGAACAGCUCGAAGGAUGGUGAUGUAGAUACGAAAUCGGCUCUAGAGGCAGCGGUGAACAAUAACGCCGGCGAAAGAGCCGAGCCGAAUCUUCCUCGAUCGCCUGCACAGUCUGAGGAGUCCAGCUCACCUGCGACGUCUCGCAUUGGAUCGAGAAAUAAGGGCAGAAAGAAGACACUGAGGGAGGACUCGGGUGAGGAAAGCGAAGAAGAGGACACGACGAACAGGAGACGGUCAGGAAGAAUGGCGAAAGCUAAGGAGAGGGAGGCCAUUAUGUCCCUGCGACCCACUCGUCGUUCGGCACCAAAGAGUAUGGCGGAGGAAUCUACGGAUGAGGAGGAUGCGGAGGAGGAUAUCUUGCCUUACGGCAAGUCUGCGAUGCAGAAGGAUCUGGGGCAGUCUAAGGGGUCGCGUCGCAAGUCUGCGCCUAUACCUGCACCGGCAGGUCCAGAAGACCCGACGCAAUCAAAACUCAACUUUGCAAAAGCUAAGCGACCGCGUACGUCGUUACCGACUAAUAUCGCCGCAGAGGAAGAGGACGAGUCAAGUCAGCCGAAAACACCCAAGGAGAAGCCGAAUAAGAAGCGGAAGAAAGAGAAGGAUGCUAAAAAGGCCUCGAGUGAUUCUGGAGCUGCUGGACCACAACAAGCUGAAAGCGGUCCGGUUACCAACGGCGAUGGCUGGGAUGUGGUCAUGGGAGAAGCACCGGUCGUGCCACAAGGUCUACCGGGAACGGGAAUGGCUCGAGGGCAUGCGGCGCCGCCUCCAGGCGUGGAAAUGACCCCAUUCCGGGCCACAAUCCCGUCGAUUGCACCCGCACCACCAUCAGCAUCGUCACGGUUCACGCACUUCCCGCAACCGAUGGUUGGGCAGAUACCGUUCCGCGCACCUACUGGACCUAUUCAGUUUCAGGAGGUGCAGUUUCAUGGCGCUGUGCCUUUCCAACCCGCGCCUGGAUCUAUUCCGCCGCCAGCCCCACCACGAGUAGUCCAACAACCUCCGCCGCCUCCGGUCCAGCAGCCUCCUGUUCAACAGGCUCUUGCAGUGCAAGAAGCAGCACCCGUUCGAGACCUCCCAGAAAACCCCGAAGAAAUGACCGAAAAUCAAACCAUCGCAGCCGAAAUCCAAGAAAUCUCCGAACCGAUCUACUUCAACUUCUGGGGCAUGGACCCCACCGCCCGUCGUGCAUUUGAGCCCGUCCUCGUUCACCUCCGUACCGCGAUGCGGACGUUUAUUGAUGAUGGUGCUGGGGCGGAGGAGGUUUUCCAGGAGGCUGUUUAUGGGAUGUGUACAGCGUUUUGGUGGGUUGAGGAUUUGGGGAUGGCGAGGGAGCUGCAGGCGCCGAUUCAGGCGUUGAGGGAUCUGGUGCUGAGGUUGAGGACGGAUUGA